UAAAAAAAAAAAAAAUAGCGCUUUCCACGCACGGGGUGACCGAAUCCAAGGAACUCACGCCUAGACGCAGAAGAAACCCAGAAACGCCGUCGACGGCAGUGAAGACGGAGAGAAACAAAAUCACCAACGAGAAAUGUCGCUAGUCGAUUACGCUUCCUCUUCGGACGACGACGUUCCGGAACCCAGUGAAGAAGGUCGCAAGAAAGAGGACGAACCCCAACUUUCCCAACGCGAUUCACCGCCACCGCAACCUCCUCCUCGGACCCAGACUAAAUCUGGAUAUUCAUCUGACCAGCAGCCUGAAAAUAAACCACAUUCAUCUCUACCUUCAGUGGAAAAACUUCCUGAUGCUUCACUUCUUUUGAAUUCACCCACCGUCUUAUCUAAUCUGGCGAGUGCUAGUGACCACUCCUCCCGAGUUGCUGCAGCUGUAGCUGAAAAUGCUUCACGUAAGAGAGACUCUAAUGGAAUGGCCUCCUCUGCUGUUCGUAGUAAAGUUCCUAGAGGAAACUUGCCUCGUUCAAGGAAUGUCCCAGAAACUGCUGGUGUUAUGCUAGUUCCACCUCAGAUCAGUGGAAGGAAAAAUGUUGUUACGGAAGACAUAAGCAAGCUAUUUGUCAAAAAACAAAACGAACAUUCAUCUAGUUAGAAGUUUGCAUAUUGAAAUCAAUGAAGAUGGGUGAGAAACUAAAACGUAAAAAUGUGGCAUUUGCCCCCUUGAAAGUGCUUCCUUUUGUAGAAUUGGUAUUAUGAACAGCCUUGUAAGUUGUAAAAUUGUUUAUAUCCUUAGGUUUGUACUGCUGUGUAGUUUAUUAUAUUACAUUGUUAACUUCUAACUUUAGCCGAGUAAAAGAAAAAGAGGCAGAAACCCUUUCGGGGUGAUUUGCUUCUCUACCUAUUUUUGGAUUUGCAUGUAUGAUUAAGGAUUAUUGAGAACUGUGUACUAUAUUUUGAAAUC